GUCGUCUCGUCGCCAUCUCCCCACCACCUCGUCACCGCAGACCAUGCCCCCACGGGGCCCCCGCGCGGCCGUGGCCUACCGGUGAACGCCACCCAGACACACGGGACCGCGCAGCCGGCGAGCACGGCAUCGCACAUCACGGGCGCGGCCAAGAGGCGGGAGCCGUGCGCUGCGAAGUGCGGAAGCGCCUGUUAAUUGCUCUCCCUCCAGUGCCGCGCAGUGCGCACAGGGUUUUAGGAAGGGGGCGACACCGGUAUCGCCAUUCGCCAGCCAUGGAAUCCGCAACGGCGGCCGUCCGCAGCGCGUCGCUAGCCCGGGCCCGGCCCGCGCCGCUCGUCCACGGGCGCGCGCGCGGGGCGGGUCGCGUCGUGGGCGCUGGCCUCGCCGCGCGCGCCCGGCGGAGGGCGCUCGUCGCCGUAGCCUCCCACCAGGAGCACCACGAGCCGCUCCCGCCGCGCGCGCAGGAGGGCGGCGCCGUGGCUGUGGCGACGCAGGCUGACGAGGCGGAGGUCCAUGCGAUUGACGCUCCGGCGGCUGCUGCUGAAACCUCGUCUUCCCAACUGGCUGCUGGCAAGACAGUGCGUGUUCGAUUUGUGCUGAAAAGGCAGUGCACGUUCGGGCAGAGCGUCUGCCUUGUCGGCGACGACCCUGCGCUCGGCCUCUGGGAUCUGUCGAACGCGUUUCCUUUGAAGUGGGCGGAAAGCCACGACUGGACCUUAGAGAAAGAUUUGCCGGCCAACAAGCUGAUUGAGUUCAAGUUCUUGCUCCAAGAUUCCACAGGAAAGUUGCAUUGGCAGGGUGGGCCAAACAGAAGCUUUCAGACAGGUGAAACCGCCGCAAACACAUUGGUUGUGUUUGAAGAUUGGGGUGAUGUGAAGAAUCAGAAAAUAGUAGAAGAGGGGGGAGUGGCGUCUGCUGGGAUAGAACAAACUGUUGUUUCAAAUGACAGCGAAAGCAGAAAGGGUACUGUUUUAGAAGCUGAGCUCCAAGUAGAUGAUAAUCUGGUCCAAGAAGAUGAAUUCGUUGUUGCCAAGGAGGACAAGAAGCCAGCGGUUGCCACAGAUGCUUCUGUUCAAGUAGAUUGGGUGAAGACAGACGAAGCUAACCCUCAAAAGUCCAAGUUGCAUGAGGAAAUGGAAGUUCUAGACGAACUUCUUGGAAAAGAAAACAUGGAGAACAGCGGUAUUUCGAGCACUGAUGAGAAUUAUGCUGAAAAAACUGGAGAUGAUAUCUUGUUUGAGGAUGGCGUUCUGAUUGAGAAUGGGUUAGCCACUGCUUAUGAACAUGAUUUGCUUUGGGGUUGGAAGGCCCUGCAGCAGCUGCUGAUGAGCCUGGGUUUCAAAAUGGAUACAACAUGAAAAAGGCAUAAUCUAUUGCCAUAUAUCUAAUGUUCGUAUGUCGCAAUUCGGAUGCAAUGGUGUUGCUUUCCAGGAUAAUUUGUUUUGACCCCUGAGGAGACUGCCUUGUGGAUGUUCACGGAAAAGGCUUUGCACUCUAGAAAGCUGCUGGCAUUGUGGUAUUGUAUGUAUAUAAUAUGUUCGUUUUCCAGGCGUGCUGUAUCUUAGCAGGAAUGAGAACCUGUUAUUAUAAAUAAUCAACCAUCAGUUUUACU